AUGUGUUCAAUCAAGGAUUGUUGGGUGGUGUUCUACAUAAUAAACAUUGCUAUUGUUUCCUGUGCGGUUUUAAUUGAUAAAUUAAUAUGCGGUCGUAGUUAUUCAAAACAAAUACUGUUUUAAAAUGUGUCGGCCACAAAAUCAUAGUGUAAAAUGAUCGAGACCUAAAAUUUAACGAUCCCGGUGUAGUAUCAGAAAUGGUAGUAAUGGGGAUGGGCUUUAUCUUUGUUUAUAUUGUAUUUUCUAUUUGCAAUAUAAAUAGUCAAGAAUCCACUACGGAUUACCCGACAACAUCAAACUAUGAAUUGGAAUUAAAAAAUAAUUGUGUAUUCAAAGAUUCAGAUACAAAUACAUCUAAACUCGAUAAUGUUACUGUUCUAGCACCUGAAGGGCCUGAAAAUUUAACAGUUUUGGACAUUACUCCCAACAGUCUCUAUUUGCAAUGGUGUAACCCUUACAAAAGGAAUGGGAUUAUUGAGGGAUAUAGGUUAUACUAUGUAUUUCAUAACUGUACCAACUACAAAGAGGAUAAAAUACCAUUUGCUGAGCCAUAUAUUCGAUAUAAUCUUACUAAACUAGAACCACUGACUGAAUACCAGAUUUAUGUGAAAGCUUUCACAAAGAAAUUUGAAGGUAGCCGUUCGAAGGUUUUAAUAACUACUACAGAUAUUGGUGGACCAAGUGCUCCGAAAAUCCUUAAGUUACAAUGUCAAGCAAACGAAACUCUCUUUGUACACUGGGAACGACCUUCAAGCUAUUACUAUUCCAUAGAUUUUUAUUAUGUAUUCAUAAAUUUGGGAACUGCUAUCUAUGACAAACUUAAUAUGCCGACCAAAACUGAUCAUUUGGAUACUGCAUAUUUUCAGAUAACUCAUAAAGUGCCUGCAAAUGCCAUCUACAGUGUUCAGAUCCAAGCUCUCACCAGAAGCAACUUGACAAAAAGACUUAUUAGGGGAGAAAUAUCUCUUCCACGUACUAUCGAAAUCACUAAAAACUGUGAUAAGGUUGCUGAUUAUUUAGCUGAUGCUACAAGUGAACUGGGAUACGGUAUCCUUGCAGGAGUUCUUUGUGCAUCCUCAGCACUUAUAGUAGCCGGAUUAGCAUUUUUAAUAUAUAGAAAAUGUUUUCGUCCGCCAUAUUACUACUUAGAUAAUGUACAACGUACUGCUGCAUCACUUGAUUGGAAUGUCAUCCCAGAACCUGUAAACGAUUCCCCUGGGCGGCCUAUCCCAGUUACUCUUUUUGCUCGACAUGUACAAGAACUUCAUGCCGAUGGCGACAUUGGAUUCAGCAAAGAAUACGAUACUAUUCAAAACGAAACUAAUAACGAUGAUAACCCAUCUGAACAAUCUCAACACCCAGACAACAAACCAAAAAAUAGAUAUCUUAACAUCAUUGCAUACGAUCACUCCCGUGUUAAUUUGUUGACAAUUAAAGGAGAAAAAGUUUCCACUUACAUUAAUGCCAACUACAUUGACGGUUUUCUAGUUGCCAGAGCUUACAUCGGAACUCAAGGUCCGUUGCCAUCAACAUUUGACUGCUUCUGGAGAAUGGUAUGGGAACAGAGAGUUACCAUAAUUGUGAUGAUUACCAACUUAGUUGAAAGAGGAAGAAGGAAGUGUGAUAUGUACUGGCCAAAGGAAGGUACUGAAACAUAUGGAAUAAUUCAAGUAAAAUUGGUUAAGGAAGAUAUUAUGGCUACAUACACUGUUAGAACUCUUGCCAUUCGCCACAUGAAAGUAAACUUCAAGAAUAAGAAGAGGGAUAUUUCCGCUGAAAAAAUUGUCUACCAAUAUCAUUACACUAACUGGCCAGACCAUGGAACUCCCGAUCAUCCAUUACCAGUUAUUAAUUUCGUUAAAAACUCUUCUUCGGCAAAUCCACCUGAUAGCGGACCCAUUAUUGUACAUUGCAGUGCUGGAGUUGGUAGAACCGGAACCUACAUAGUGCUUGAUGCCAUGCUUCGCCAAAUUAGAACCAGAGGCGAAGUCAAUAUCUACGGGUUCUUGAAGCAUAUUCGGGCACAGCGUAAUUUCCUAGUUCAGACAGAAGAACAGUACAUUUUUAUCCAUGAUGCACUUGUAGAAGCCAUUGAAUGCGGUGAAACCAACAUUUGUAGGGAAAACUUCCCUAGAUAUGUAUCCGCCCUACAGAACGUAAAUUGUGAAGAGAAAGAUGAAUUAUGGAAACCUCUUGAUGCCCAAUUCAAGCUAGUUACCAGCUUCGUUCCUAAAGACUUCCACCUUGUCUCUGCCAACAAACCUGUGAAUCAGCCAAAGAACAGAUGCGCAAUAAUUGUUCCAGUAGAAAGUUCCAGAGUCCACUUAACUCCAAAGCCUGGUGAAGAUGGAUCUGAUUAUAUUAAUGCCAGCUGGUUGCAAGGUUUCCACAACCUUCGUGAAUUCAUCAUCACGCAGCAUCCAUUCAAGCACACCGUAUACGAUUUUUGGCAGAUGGUUUGGGAUCAUAACGCACAUUUGAUAGUCUUCAUAAGCUUCAUCGAUAAUUCCGAAUAUGAAGCUUUCUGGCCUGUUGGAAACGAAACCAUUGAAACUGAUACAUAUAUUUGCCAACUAACACACGAACAUAGCACCUCUAACUAUUACAUUAGAGAAUUUUUGAUGAAAUCUGUUCAGGACGAUUAUGAGAUUCCCAUUAAAAUGCUUCAUUGUGUAAAUUGGCCUCAUCAGGUUCCUAAGAUCAGUGAGAUGUACCAUUUACCUACAUUCGUAUUAGAAAUGCAGAGAGUUCAAAAUGGACCCAUCGUUGUUGUCGAUCGCUUUGGAGGUACUGAAGCUGCAACUUUCUGUGCAUUGACAACAUUGAAAAAACAUCUUAUCUACGACAAUAAGAUUGAUGUUUACAUGUAUGCCAAACUAUAUCACAACAAGAGGCCUGGCAUCUGGAUAUCAAGUGAUGAUUACAUGAGACUCCACAUGUGCGUCCAAGCAUUAUGCAAUCCACCAGAACCCGGAAUAGUUGAAGCUGCUCCCGACUUAUACUCCUUAGCCAAUGGUAACAUCAAUGCUCCGUCAACAUCUCGAGACUGUAUUCGAAUACCUCCUGAAGAAACCCCUCUUGUUACCGUGGACGUUUUGAACAAUAAAGGAUAUUAAAGUUGCAGUUACCAAAUGGUAAUAGGAGCGAAUUGUAUGGUUCGGGGUUUACUCUGGUUGAACUAUUCAUUUGACCUGCAUGUGAGUUUACUCUGUAUUUAAUUUAUUUAUUGUUGAUUUUACUUUAUUCCAAAUUGAAUAAUUCAACCUACGUUUUAUGUAUUUUUAAAAUUAUUUUGUUUAUACUCAACAUAUUUAUAUUUUAUUUGGGGGAGUUGAAAGAGUUUGCUUUUACCGAUUUUAGAUAUACUUGAAAAUUUAUUCAUAUCGUGAUAUUUUGACAAUUAUUAGCUAACGUGACAAAUGUCAUUAGCGUACACAGAAAUCCAAGAAAUAUAUCAUUGCAGUGUUAGUCAUUAGUAGGGACAAAAUAGUAGGAAUAUAAAAAGUUCUUCUAUAAUUAUUAUUUUUACUACUAUUUGACCAUAAAAGGAUCUUUAUUUUUAUGUUCUUAGUACCAUGUUCAUUCAGCUUGCUUGCAUUUCUGCAUAGGAACAGUCUCUCCUAUGGCGCUGUAGCCUAAGUCUGGCCCUGGCCUCCUCUACUUUCUGUUCCUUUGGCUGCUCUCCUCCGGCUGGAGCAGAUCUACCCUCAAUAUCUCUUUAGCAUCUUCACCUCUUCCUUGGUCUUCCUACUGGCCACCGUCCCACCAUAGUUCUACUAAGCGUUCUGUUUCCAUUCCAUUAUCCAUUCCUAUAAGGUAACGUACCCAGCGCAAUCUUUGCAAUUAUAUGCAACGGAAACCGCAAUUAUAUGUUCUUUUAAAAAAUUGGUAGGAAAAACAUUACAUCUUAUUCUGAUAAAUUAGCUUUUAUCAAACUUACAAACUUUAGCAUUUGUCAAUAAUUCUCUUAAUGCUACAACUGAGUUGAAAUUUUCUUCUUUUGAAAUUGGCAUUAAUAUGUUUGAAAUAUAAUUUCUAGAUUUAAAAAACAAGGAGGUAUGGCGCUCUAAAUGCGAACGUCUUGUGUGUUGAAUUGGAAAUAUUGGAGAAGAAAAAAUAUUCACAACACAAGAAGUGGUCUGCUUUGAAUGACCUGGAGAAGGAAGAUAUGAUCAUUUUCAACGCUUGAAAUAAUAUUCCUGAUUCUUAUGAUCAGCUAAAAAAGCUCACGUUUGCUGUUCUUUCCUUUUUCGGUUCUACAUAUCAACAUUUAAAAAAAAUUGGAUUUUGCGCCAAAAAUUUUGUAAAAAAUAUCGUGUUGUAGAUAGAUAGAUAGAUUUAUUUAGAUAGAUAGAUAGAUAGAUAGAUAGAUAGAUAGAUUUAUUUAACUACUUUACAAAAAAAAAUUGUUUGUAGCAAGUCAAAAUUACAAAGUCAAAAUAAGGAAUAUAAAAAUUACAAGGUAUAUAAAACAGAAAUAUAAAACACAACUUAUAAAUAUGUAUCACAAACAAGAAUAUAGAUUAACAAAAAAUAUUUUGUGUCACGGUAAGCAUUUCAGUAGAUGUUCUGCAAUGAGUCAUAUAUUCUUCCGAGCAAUAAAAGCAAUGUUUCAACAGAUACCUUUUUAUUACUUUUUUGAAACUGUUACAGCUUAGCUGUUUAAUAUCUUUUGGUAAAAUAUUGUAGUAGUUAUAAUUAAGACAAUUUUUAUCUGAAAGACGCAAUCUAGAGCGAUUUGUUCGUAAAUAGUGAGAGUAUCGCGUAUUGUGAACGUGAACAUCAGACUGCUUUGUUAAAUGGGACCUUUUUCUGUGAAUUUCAGUCAGAACUUGAUAUAUCAACAGAGUAGGUAGCGGCAUAAUUUUUAAUUUGAUGAAGAGAGGUCGGCAAUGUUCCAGAUAACUAACCCCUGCUAAAAUCCGGAUAGCUUUCUUUUGCAUCCUGAAAAUUUGAAGAGCAUUUGUUGAAUUGCCCCAUAAGAUUAAUCCAUAGCUUAGGUGUGAGUGAAAUAAAGAAAAAUAUGUCACCUUCAAUGUCUCAAAGCUGACAACCCUUGCUAGUUGACGAAUAAGAAACAAUGAACUAGACAGCUUCGCCUUUACUUGUGAAAUAUGAGCCGACCAGUUCAAUCGAUUGUCUAUGGUUAUUCCUAAUAGUUUAGCAGUGUCUUUGUCAUCUGGAUCGCCAUGUAAACCACUUGCAGAUAUAAUCAAGUCCUGCGUUUUUUCAGUAUUGAGUUUUAGUUUGUUCGCAGCAAACCAUGUGCUAGAUUUAUCAGAGACUUCCUCGUAAGCCAUUUUUAAAUCCUCAUUUUUAUUACCUGAUAUUAUGUAUGUCGUAUCAUCCGCAAAUUGUACUGAUUUGUACGGAGAUAUGUAUGAAAUAAAACCCUACAAAACGAAAGAAAAUAAAAGUUUAUACGAUGAUUAGAAACGAAGAUAUCGCCAAAAAACACACUUUAAUUUUUUGGGGUUAUGGAUAGGGCUAAAAACAUUUUUUUGGUCGAUUUUUUUUUGAUGUAGAACAUGUGGUUCUUUUAUUUUUGGAAUAUCGCUGGGAGCAUUUUUGACUUAUAACAAUUGACUUAACAUUUAACAUCUUAACCGACUGACCAGGACCUCGAUUUUUGACCCUUCGCUUCGUUAUCGAACGUAUUCGCUUCGUAUCUGUACAGUGUACAGAUAGCGAAUGAUCGAUAACGAAGCGAAGGGUCAAAAAUCGGGGUCCAGACCCUUUAGUUUUAUUUAGCGUAAUAAAAGUUUGCUAAACAAGCAGAUUUGGCUCCCAAUUUCUUUUUAAAUUGUUGUAAUGUUCAUAUUUGGCUAUUUGGAUAAAAAGUUGGCCGACCACUGCUAUGGAGGAUUCUUUGUAAUAUUGGUAUAACUCAUGGUUGAACCUUAUUCUCCACAUACCAUUGUCGCGAAUGGGUCCCAAUAUCAUUCUUAAUACCUAUCUUUCAAAAGUAUUUAUACGGUUUAUUUUCUUUUCUGUCAUGAUCCAUAUGUUGGCUAUUGGUCGUAUGAUAGUUUUAUAUACUUUGAACUUCACUUCCCUAUGGAUAUUUUUGGAUCCAAACACCUGCGAUGAGAGAGAAGUAUGCUUUGUUAGGAGAAGCAUUAUCCAUUUCCGUAUUUCCUCCUCCUCCUCGCUGUCGUGCUGUUAUCUGUACGCCCAGAUAUAUGUGACCUGAUUUAAUCCUUCAAUAUUAGCGUCACGUCGUCUAUUGUCAAAUUCUGCAAGUUUCGUUUUCUUGCUUGUAUUAGCAAGACUUUAUUUUUGUAUACGUUGACGGCUAGCACUACUUUUGCAUUUUCUUAUAGCUCCACAUAAAGUUCUGUGAUAUCUCUUGCGGUUCGUCCCAUCAAGUUUACAUCGUCUGCGUGCAUUAAAUCUCCUUAGACGUAUUAAAAAAUAAAUCAUUUGGGUUUACGAACAGUUUUCUGAUAAUAUAUUCCACAUAUUAACAAUUUAACAAUUUCCUUGAUAUACCAAAUUCUUGCAUAAUUUUCUGUAUAUUUUAUUUCUGCUUAUGUUAUGCUUUGUCGAAAAUCUACAAGAUUUGGUAGAUAUCCAUGUCGUGCUCCCAGGCUUUAGCUAAUAUUUGUUUUACAUUGAAUUGCUGGUUAAUAGUAGACAGUCCUGGCCUGGUAUUCUCCUAUGGUUUGUUCUAUGAAGUGAUGUAAUCGCCUUUUUAAUCUACAGAAACAGCUUAUAGCUCACACAAAGUAAGGAGUAUGCCUCUAUAUGUAGUUUUUUUAGCUAAGUUUGUCUCCCUUCUUGUGAACUGGGCAUAUAAUUGCUUUUUUUUCAGUCUCCUGGAAUUUCUACUGAGUUCCACACGUCUGUUAUUAGUUAAUGAAAUCUAACUGUUAUUUGGUUUGAGAAAUUGGUAGAAGUACCCUAUUCUGUGGUUAACUGCUCUUCCUGUCCUCAUUGAAAUGACUGCACUGCCAUACAAUCGUUUUUUAUGUUGUAAUUUCUCGUAUGUUUCUUAGUAGUUGCAUUUUUGCAAUGAAACUGCACAGAAUAAAUCCAGCACAAAGAUAUUAGUUCAAAGUUUACACAAUUACAAACAAAACUAUGCUUUAUACCACCUCAAGACUGAAGUAGCGUAUUUCUAAAAUAUUUUUAAAGCAAACUUUUUUGACUCGCCAACUUUUUUGUAAAAUAGUUUAUCAUACAACCUCUGUGAUACAUUUUAGCAUUUAUAUUCAAGUAAUUUCUAAGUCUUUUAAGAUUGAUUUACGAUAAUUAUAUAGUAAGUAUAUAUCUAGACAUUCCGUAGAAUAUGUAAAUAAGUGAUUAAAUACCAAACGUUUGUCAAUCUUUAAAGGAACCAAAAUAAUACAUGAUUUUGAAAAUGACAUCGAACUAAAAAUGUAUAGGCGGUUAAAAACGUUAUUUGUAUACUGUACCCGUUCUUUUUGAGAUGUUAAAGUCAUCGAUGAAUUGAAAAUUGCAAUAUUUCAUCUCAAUCUUGAAUUAAGGUAUUACAUCCUGAUACUAUUUCUGUAUAUAAAAUAUAGAUUGAAUCAAUAGUAUCAUCAUACAAAUUUUCUAACGAACCUAUACAUGUUUAGACCUUAUACCUAAUAUUAGACAUAUAACUUUACCGGGAGCGACAAUAUUUAGUAUAAUCGACAAAUUAAGAAGUUGACAAAACUUCGGUUGCUCAUUAUCUUAAGACUAAACCUAUCAUGUGCCGCUUAAAUGGUACAGGCAUCGAUAAACAACCCGAUAUGAGGAUGAACUCAGAACAAUUUUUAUUAUGUUACAGCUUAGUAGUAAUUUUUUGUAGAAGGGUUUCCCAAUUUAUACUAGGCCUUUCGGUUGUUAGCCUUUUAAAAUUUUGUCGCAGCUAAGUGUAGAACCAAUGUUGUGUUCCACAAUUUUUUGUCGUGUGUUUUUGGGAAAUCUGCAAUAUUUAUUUCAAUGCAUUCAGAUAAACAUAGCUGUAACGAGAAACAUAUAACAAUCACGUACAAGAAAAGAUUAAUCAUUACAGACGUUCUUAAAUGACGAGGCACUCUUCUGCAUUAAAAAUAGUCCAAACAUUCAAUAUAAAAAUAAAUGCAAACAGAAACAUCAAGGUCUAGGCAAAUAAUAUGCAAUACUUAAUCUUUUUGUUUAUGAGGUUCACAUCUUUUUUUGCCACUAGUUGGGAAUCUGCAAACAGAUGUUGGAGAUAAACAUUUCCGAUAGUACUGGGUUCUUAAACUCAAAACAAAACUCCUUUAGAGUCACGUAGUCCUUCCUUCUGCAAUUUCGAUGUGGUCAUUACCAAUCUUCCUUCGAUGUACCAAUGAUUUCCUGAUGGUCAGUACCAACGAUGUCCUUCUUUUGGCCGAUUCUCAGUCGCUCGCCAUCAUACACAUCUUUGGUGCUCAUGCGACCGCCACGUCAGCCUCUGUCCUAACUAGAUUUUCGCUUUCCUUCCUACACAUACAUACAUACCUCUCGACUGUCAUUCUGUCUCUCUCUCUAUAUCUCUAUCUCUCUCUCUCUCUCUUUAUGAGGUUCUUAUCUACAAAGCCAGAAUCAGUUCACAAUAAUGCGUCGAGGCCGUUUUAUUUUAAUUCCAAUUGAAAUUUACUUGUUCUAGUUUUGCAACAUUUGCAGUUGCUGACAGGGCCGGCGAUAACGGGGCCUGGGAUGCAAUGCAGGCGGGCGCCCCUGAUUGGAGAGCGCCAAAAUGAGCCUGUUAUUCUGGUAGUGUUAUACAAAACACGAAAAUACUAAUUUUAAAAAACCAAAGGACGCCUUUGCUAGUUUUGUAGGCGGGCUCCUUAUAUCCUAGCAUCGGUACUGGUUGCUGAAGUAAUUCGAAGCAUUUCGCUAAAAUGUUAUGACCUCUUCGUUCUUUUAUACGGAAUGGACCUUAUCCGAGGCACCCAGCAUUUGAGUGCCUUGAAACAUUUGAAAUGUGGUGCUACAGACGCAUAAUGAGAAUCUUUUGCAUCGACGGAGUGACUAAUAAUGAGUUCUUGCAAGGACUGAGGAAUGACCUCUCGCAAGACAUUCUGUAGAGUAAGAUGUAGGAUAUCAUGGCUGCGCAAUCUCUAAGAUUGGUACAACUUUACCACUACAGUGGUCAGCGACUAACAUGGGCUGGACACAUUGUUAGGAUAUCAGACGAUCGGUAGUAGAUGGUUUGAUGAUGUGGAAGAAGACCUUAAGAUUCUAAGGGUCAAAAGUUGGGGGGAAUCGAGGGAAUGGCGACUUCUCUGCGAGCAGAGGAUUGGCGAGCCAAUUAUGAUGAGGUAGAAUUCUGGUGAACAUCAGAUCAUUCCUUCGAAUCUGGCUUUAAAGUUCAAGAAUAUUCAAGACAUAUAUGAGUUACUCGUAAAGAGGUUAUUCAACGUUGUUGGUGUAUAGGCCUGGCUUUGUGGUAAUAUCAGUUAUCAUGGACGCUAUUUGGCUUAGUGAUACCUGUGUUAAGUGGAAAUCAUUAAAAUCGAUAGAGUUAUAUUAAUAUUGAGAAAAUUAAGUAUUGUAUAUUAUAUCAAGUGCCAUACACAAUGACUAUUUCAUGUUUUAUUGGACUCACGGUUUUUAAAUAAAAUAAUUAAUGAAUAGUCAAUCUUGUGUUGAAAAAAAAAAGUAUAAAGAAAAUACAGACUUGGACUAAUCACUGCAAAGUACUUUCAUAGGACAAUGUGACUGACAAUUGAUAGUGAAUAUAUUAAAUAAAUAAAUUCAAAUGUCAGAACUUGCAAAGGGUUGAAAAUAACAGGAAUGAAUUAAAUAAGAUGACUAAACUUGAACAACGAUUCUUAAAACGUGAUUGUCAUAGUGUUUAAGUUAAAUAAUCUACCAGGAUUGCCCACCGAUAGAGGUAAACCAAAAUCACAUAUUCUAAUUGUAGUAGUUAAGAGUGCAAUAGUUGUAAUAUUUUUCUUGGAUUCGGCAAGGCACCCAUGAAUACUGUAUGUCUUCUGUUAAUCACUUAACAUUACUUGAUGUAGAAAAUAAUUGUUUUCGCGUCGGUGGUAAUCGGAAUUAACAGCACGCAAAAGAUAAGGUAUUAUUUACAAAGUACGGCUCCAACAGAAUAGUCUAGUCGCAACAUGGGGGUCCCGUGGGAAAUUCUAGCUCGCCGUGAUUUGAUGGUGGUAUUAUAGGUUUUUUGGGUCGCUGAAUCCGAUGAACGUGUUCUGGAAGGCCAAAUAUGGUGCGUUUAAUUGUUAUUAACAAAUUAUGGUAAAAUUAGGCAUUUUUCAGGAAUUAUUAGAAGUCCUGUAUAUAAAUUGAUAUUAUUAAGGUCUUCUCUGGUGUUUUUUUGGUCGCUGAAUCGAAUGCAACUAGUCGCGAUUACUCAAAAUAUGUUCUUAUUUUGUUAAUAACAAAAUAAUUGUUUAUUCGCCGAAAAGUUCGAAAUAAUGCUCUAUCUACAGCAAGUUUGUAGUCUUUUUCAUAGUAUUUUUAUACGCUAAAUCGAUUGUCACUAGUCGUGAUAGCUUAAGCCACGUUCCGACUUUAUUAUUAAUAAAUUAUUGCAAAAAUAACGGUUUAUAGUACGUUUACUAACGGUUUUUGCUCUAAAUUUAAAAAAGAACCACUUUGAUUGACAUGAAAUUUGGCAUACACGUAGCUAACAUGUCAAACAAAACAAGUGAUUUUGUACCGAUGAUGUGUGAUUUUACCCUGGGGGUGACCAGCGACUAAAGAUACACCAGAGAAGACCUUAACACUAUCAAUUUCUUUACAGGGCUUCUAAUAAUACCUGAAAAAUACCUAAUUUUACCAUGAUUUGUUAAUAACAAAUAAACGCACCAUAUUUGGGCUUCCAGACCACUUCCAUUGGAUUGAGCGACCCAAAAAACCUAUAAUACCACCAUCAAAUCACGGCGAGCUAGAAUUUCCCACGGAACCCCUUAUGUUUCGACUAGACUAGAAGGCAAAAUGACAAACAAAUACCUUAACUUGCAGACAGCGCUUGGCUUUUGAUUUUGGUCAUAUGCACACAGAAUUUUCUACGUAGAAUUGUAAAGCAUCUAAGGCGCUAUUAAGAAAGGAUGAAAGUAUAUCGGCGCAAAAUUGCCACCUACGUGAAUAUUAAUGUUAGGCGUUAGUUGGCAUAACUUGGUGUUCAGACUCUUCUUCGUGUGUAAAUCUGUGGCUUGAAUUAUAUUUGUUUUAAACUCUUUACAAAUACACAUGUAUUUGUUCAAACGUACAUGUAAACAGAGUCAGUAUUGGCGCACUUACUGUAGACAUCAAGCAAAUUUAACCUACUCUGCGAAACACACGCUACAUGUUUUAUUUGUUGCCGAAAACAUGGAGCAUACUAUACUCCACCGGUUUUUGUGUGUUACUGUACUAUAUUAAUUUAAAUCAUGGCGGCUCUCAUUCCCCAUGAGACGAAAUUUGACUCAUCCUAGAUACCUUCUUCUUUGUGUGCCGUGCUUGUUUUCAAGCGUUGGCUAUCGUCGUAUUAACAAGCUGAUGAAAUGUUUCUCGGUCUGCAGCUAUGUGAAACAAUUCCUCGACCCUUCGACCUGUCCAUUGUCUAAUGUUCCGCAGCCAGGAUAGUUGUUUUCUGCCAACCCAGCGUUUUCCUUCGAUUUUGCCCUGAAUGAUCAACCGGAGUAAGUGAUAUUUAGGUCCUCUCAUUAUAUGACCGAAGUAUUGAACCUUUCUCAUUUUUAUGACGUUGAUCAAUUCUCGCUCUUUGUGCAUGGUCUCCAGCACACGUUCGUUGGAUAUGUGUGCCGUUCACGGGAUUCUGAGCAUGCGACGUUAACACCACAACUCGAACGCUUCUAAUUUGUUCAGAUUUUUUAUUUUUGCUGUCCAGACUUCACAUCCAUAGAACAAAACGGACUAGACGUAGGUAGCACUUCAAUACUUUUAUGGCGCGUCCGCAUUGGUAAAUUUUUCGUGCGUAUUGAACUAAUAGUUCGUCGCAAGAAUUUGCAUCGCAAAUUUUUAACAGUGAGGACGCGGUGCUCAAAUCAUUUGAUCUUCGCUCGAAAACGAUAACAGAUGGAGCGUGUGCGUCGAAAAUUCUUGCGUCCGAUUUAUGCGACGAACACGUCCACACUAGCACAAUUUACUUCGAGCACGCAAAUAUUUGCGACGAACAGUUGGUUCGACGCAAAUUUUUACCAGUGUGGAUGCGGCAUUAGACAUGUGGUCAAUGAUAAACUUCUACUGCACAAUACAGAACGCCAGCUAAUAAAGCUUUAUUGUGCAAGUUCUAUUCUGGUCGAAAUUUCCUCAUCACUUUCAAUGCAGUCAAUUCAGCUACCCAGAUAUCUGAAGUGUUCUACCCUUUCCAGGAUUUUGUUACUUAUCUAAUUUUAGUACUGAGUCUUCGAUAUUAAUUUUUCCGACCACCAUCCAUUUUGUUUUCUUUGCGUUGAUUGUUAAGCCCUUUGCAAUGGACCGUGAUAGUGUGACGUCAAAACGUCAAAUAUUUUUCCAAACAAAUCAAAAAUCAAUAAAUGUUUGACGUCUGUCAAUGGAUUAUACACGUGAUUUUUGUAAUCAUUUUUAAUUUUAUUUUGUUUUAACAAGCAUCUGCACAUUUUUCUAAAGACACAUUCCUUGUUAGUCAUAUCAAUCAUAUUGCUUUUAAUUUUAUAAAUGUCCCUACACAUAAUCAAGGAUUUACACACUACAAUAGUACUUACUGCGUUUAUUCAGGUUCUUAACCAGUCCUUUUUGGAAAUAUGGUGGAAAAUAUACUAUGAGCAUUGAUUACAAUCACGGGUACACAACACAUUACCAUUUUGUAAAAAUUAAACAUCUUACAAGCAGUAUAUUCCAAUUAUAAAAACCAAAAUAAACACCACGUGUGAAUUUAUGUUUUGUUUGGCAAAUUUUCCAGAGUAGCCAACAUUGAUUUGACGUCACGGUCCAUUCAUUCGUUGUUUACAGCUUUCAACAGGGUUUGAAGGUCUUCCAAACUCUCUGCCAUUAUGGCGGUGUCAUCUGCGUAUUUGUUGUUAUUAAUGAUUUUACCACCGAGUUUAACACCUUCGCGGCGAUUAUUUAACGCUUUCUCAAAAAUUGGUACGGUGUAGACAUUGAACAAUCUCGGGGACAUAACACCUCCCUGUCUGACACCACGCUAAAUAGAAACUUGAGCGGAAAUUUCUUGGUCCAACUUAAUACAAGCGGUCUGGUUGUAGUAAAGAUUUUUGAGCAAUCUAAUGUCGUACGUGUCCAGACCAACUAAGUCUAAGCAUUGAAAUAGUAAUGCAUGUGGUACUCUAUCAAAGGAUUUUCAACUCAUGGAGUCAGUAAAUAAAGUAAUACGUGUUGGUAAAAGGUUGGAGAAUAGUGCAAAAGGGAGACCACUGAAGGUAAUAUGUAAUAGUCCUGAUAUAGUGAAGACUGCUUUGAAAUCUGGAAAUAAGCUGCGGAACUCUAAUAUAAGAAUAGCUAAUGAUCUCACAAAGAUGCAACAAGAUGCAUAUAUGGCUGCCAAAAAGAAUUUAGAAGAAAGAAAAUCUGCGGGUGAAGAAAACUUAGUUAUUAGGUAUAGAAAGGGGGUUCCUGUAGUGUUGGACGUUAAACCAAAAAACUAGCUUCUCUCCCAUUAAUGGUCUAUUAUCAAAAUGUUGGUGGCCUACGCUGCUAAAUGUUAGAUGUUAUUAAAAAUAUUUCAUGCUGUUCCUAUGACAUUAUUAUUAUGGUCGAGAGCAAUCUGGAUGCUAGCAUUGCUGAUGGUGAGGUGAAUUGUAAGGGUUUCAGUAUCUACAGGUGUGAUCGCAACCAAAUGACUAGUGCAAAGCAGAGUGGUGGUGGAAUAAUAAUCUUUAUUAUUAACAGAAUUCAGUCUAAGCGUAUUUCGGUUGAUGAAGUUCGAGUUGAACAAUUAUGCUAGUGCGAUUGUGAUUGGUGGUGUUUACAUUUCCCCACAGUCUCCACGUGAAAUUUACUCUAGGCAUUUUCAAACUGCUGAAAGCUAAGUUUUGCAGUACUCAUCUUAUAGUAUGUUCGUAUUUGGUGAUUACAACUUGCCUAAUGCAGCAUGGGAUAAUGAUGAGUAUGGUGUGUUGGUGAAUUGUCCUGGUGGAGAUCCUGCGGUGGAUGUAGCACAGGCUUUUGGUUAUUUGAAAUUCUUCCAAAAUAACAAUGUCCCUAACAAUCGUAAUGUAUUUUUAGAUUUAGUUUUUUCUAACGUUAGGGAACUGAAUGUCAUCAAAGCGGGAGAUCCACUUGUUGAUCCAAGUUUACACCAUGUAGGGUAUGAAUGUUCCAUAGCUCUCAACAUAAAUGACACUAAAACUACAAAAUUUAUUUAUGAAGAUUUUUUUUAUGAUUUUAGGAACAAUAAUUAUUUUGAACUGAAUAACUUUUUUUCAUUCAUUAAUUGGGAUGGGUGUUUGGAUAAUAACGUUGAUGAUGCUACAAGUCUCUUCUAUGAUAUCCUUUUAACAGGGAUUUCUCUCUUUAUUCCUCUGAAAAAAUAUAGAACAUGUACCUUUCCUAAAUGGUUCUCCUCAGACCUAAGAAAAUUAACAAGGGAAAAAAGGUAUGCGCACCUUCUUUAUCUUAAAAAUCAUUCUGACACUGAGUAUAUGAAGUUUUCACGUCUUCGAGCGGAAUGUAAACGUUUAUCUGAAAUAUGUUUUAACAACUAUGUUAGAGGGAUUGAGUCAGACCUAAUUAAUAAUCCUAAAUCCUUUUGGAAGUAUGUUAAUGACAAAAGGUCAGGUCAUCAUUUACCUAAUUCCUUAUUUUACCAGGAACAUACAGCUUGUAAUGGUCUAGAUAUAGCCAAGUUGUUUAUGAAUUUCUUUCAGACAGUGUACAUACCUAACAACAAUCACUCUCAAUUGCCUACAAUUUCCGAAAUUAAAAACUCUAAUGUAAGCAUUCAUACACAUCCUGUUUCUGUUUCUGAUAUUUUUAAUUGUAUUAGCUCGAUUCCCAAUAAGCUCACUACUGGUCCAGAUGGCGUCCCAAAUUUCCUGCUGAAAAAGUGUGUUUGUACGAUUGUUGUGCCAUUAUUUUUAUUAUUUAAUAAAUCCUUGGAAACUUCGACGUUUCCGAUGGCCUGGAAGGAAAGUUAUAUUGUACCUGUAUUUAAGAGUGGUCUGAAGGAUAAUGUUGAAAAUUACCGUGGUAUCUGCAUCCAAUCUGCUAUUCCUAAACUGUUUGACUGCCUUGUAGCUAAGCAGCUUUCUUGGUCUUGUCGAAAUUUACUAUCUGAGUCACAACAUGGUUUUUGCAAAAAUAAGUCCACUGCGACAAAUUUGGUAUGCUAUCAGUCCGACCUUACUCACAUCGAGGAUCGUAAGCAAAUCGAUGCAAUAUACACAGAUUUAUCUAACGCCUUUAAUAAUGUGGAUCAUCAAGUUCUAUUGUGUAAGUUGGUCUUGUUUGGUUUUCAUGCUGGAUUUGUGGAGUGGAUACAAAAUUACUUAACGGGUCGCAGUCAAAGGGUGAAGAUUGGUAGUCAUCUCUCCGAUGAAAUAAAAGUAAGUUCUGGAGUUCCUCAGGGUGGUCAUACUUCACCUCUCCUUUUUAACAUCUUUGUUAAUGAUAUAAUUGACUGCUUUCGUAAUAGUAAGUGACUAAUAUUUGCUGAUGAUUUAAAAUUCUGGAGAGUUAUAGAAACGAUUAGAGACCAAGAUUUGCUACAGGAGGAUUUAGACUGUCUACAUGCCUGGUGUGUUCAAAAUAGACUUAAUUUAAAUACCAAUAAGUGCUCUUUCAUAAGUUUUACACAUAAGGUUGGGAGGGUUGAAACGAGUUAUACUAUAUGUAACCAACCACUCAAUCGCGUUUCUUCCAUUAGAACACAUUAAUACUAUUUCUGUAAACGCAUCUAAGCUUCUAGGUUUUGUUAUGAGAAAUUGUAAGUGUUUUUCUGUGGUAGCAACGAGAUUGGUUUAUUGCUGAAUUGUUAGGUCCUUGUUGGAGUACUCUUCGGUAGUUUGGUCUCCUUACUAUCAAAACCAUAUCGAUACGGUCGAGACGAUCCAACAUACAUUUUUACGUUACUGCGCAUUCAAAUCUUAUCUAACUAUAGUUAACCAUGAUUACUCAACUGUAGAGUCCCAUCUCUCUCUACUUCCUCUCAGAUUACGUCGUGACAUCUCUGGUGCGGUUUUUCUGCAUAAGUUGAUUAACGCACAAAUUGAUUGUCCAAGUCUCUUGCACCAAAUUGAUUUUAAUGUUCCCAAUCGAGCCCUUCGCUAUCAUAAAACAUUAAAUGUCUCUUACCACAGAAGAUCCUAUGGUUUUCAUAGCCCAGUCGAUAGGUAUAUGGGAUUAUUGAAUAUUAGUAAUAUCGAUGUUUUCAAUAUUUCAUUGGAUCAACUGAAGAGAUAUCUGGCUUUAUGAUGUUCAUUGUUGCAAAAAUGUCUGUUUCAUUAUUGUUAAUACGUCUUGUUAAAUUUAGUGUUAUAUGUUAGGUAUAUUUGUUACAUCUUUUAUUUUAGGUAUAUUGUGAUUGUUUGCAUUAUUGCAUUGUAUCUUCUUAUGUGUACUACUUUUUGGUGUUGAUGCUAGUUAUUAUUAUUACUUACUUUAUAAUUACACUUUUAAUGGGGUUUUCCCGUAUGAUUCAUAAAUAAUAAAUAAAAAAAAUAAAAUAAACUCGUUUUUCACAGAGUUACCUGCCACUUCAUGUACCAUUCUUAGACAAGAAGUACAUUGUAGGCGUCUAUCAAAGAGUAGGUUUAAAGAAAUGUCAUACGAUAUACAGCCAAGUGUCCCAAUACGUUCUACAAACAGAAUUGUAAACCACUUUGUUUAAUCCGUACGUAACAUUACAGCACAAAUUAAAACUGGAACUUUAAGAAAGAAAAGAGAAUGUGUUAAAACAUAUCCGACAAAACAACUCAAUGCUCCUGCCAUUUCAGAAAUUUUGGUGCCACACGUUGUUACUAGUAGAAAAUUUUAUCGGUAUAUUAACGCUUUUUUAAACUUUUACUAAUAUAUUCUGUAUUGUCAAAUCAAGGAGCCAAAAUUGAAUCAAGUUACUAGUAAUUUUAAUAAAUAGAAAUUAGUCAAAUUGGAAAUAAUCUAAACUUGAAAUUAAGUAUUAAAAAAUUACGAAUCCAGCACAUCAUCAUUUUAAAAUAGUCACUACCAGUUUGAUAUUUUCGGAUUGUUAAUAGUGCUGAUAUCCGGAUUGUUUGUCUAAUCCACAAAUGAGAUGUGUCUGGUCAUUUAAUCAGGUUGUACGUAUAACAACCUAUAGAAGACUGAAUCAAUAGUAAAGAGAUAUAUCGAUUGUUGUGCUUUCUUCUUUUUUAUUAUAUUUUCAUGCAUUUAAUAUUAAGCAUAUUCAAAUUGAGUGUAUUGAUACUGAAUGUUAUUUUACAUUUAAUGUGCAUCCUUGCUAAAGGAUAUACAUUAUACUUAAGUGUUGCCCCUAGGAAAUGUAAAGGAUUUUUAAGGUAUCUUAAAAAACAGUCUAUUUUCAAAAAAAAUACCUCACAGUAUUUAUUCAAAUACAAGUGGACAGUUCUUUUAUUUCAAUUAAAUUUAUACACUGAUUAACUUAUUUUUGAAUAAACUAUCAAAAUAAAUGGCCUUACUAGCUGAAUGUUUGAAUCAAACAGUGGCGGUUUCUCCAUAAGUGCACAUGUGCACGUGAACUCCCAAAAUUAUUUUCACACCAACAUUCAUAUAUGUAAGAUUUAUCAUUCUAUAAAUAAUAUUUUAAUCUAACUAUACAGUAAUUGAAAUUCGAAAUAACAGAUCCAAGGAGUUUAUAAGUAUCUAAUAGGUAACAUUUAAUUAUUUUUUAUUCUAUGUCAAAGGAGAAACUUUACGGAUGCGAGGCCUUAGACAGAACCCCUCGUUCACCGCUCUGAAGGGUGGUUCCUAUUCCAUUGACUUUUCAUACAACUCACCACCCGCCCCGCUACCCGCUAUAGCCCACAAGUUUAGAUGGCCACAAGAGCACAAGUUGGAUGUGAUCUUAUGGCAUAUUAUCUUAUGGUGUUUCAACAUGCACGGCCCACGUACGUUUAAAUUUUGCUUUCGUUAAGUUCGAAUUUUGGAACAAUAUUAAGAAUGGAAGGAUUUGUGGAUGUAAAUGUUAGCGUGGAAUAUUUAAAAUCAAUUAAAUUUUCUUCAUUAUAUUUAGAAGAAAAAAUAAAAAUGCCGAAACCAAAUUUGUUAAUUAAGAAUGUACCAAAGUGCAAAGGUCGGGAUUAUAAAUGAUUAUUUAAAAUGGAGAUUUGUGUAAAAACUUACAAAUUGUGUAGGUGUGAAGCACAUAUUUGGAGAAGAGGAAGCAUAAUGAAUAAAAUAGAAGAUACGAUUUUAACUAUCCGGCGCAGUCCACUUAACUAAAUUUUUGAUUAAAAAUAAUUUACAAAACGAUUUUUCUGAAAUAAUUUAAAUUCUUCAAUUACUUGUUACGAUGCCAGUGACAACUGCAGAAACAGAACGAUGUCUCUCUGCAUUGAAACGUAUCAAAAUUUUCCUUAGAAUAGCUAUGGGCCAGGAUCGAUUAACUGCACUCUGCACUGCACAGUGUUUUCAAUUAAAAAAAAAUGAUUCAAGAAAUUCCAAAUUUUACUGAAUUUGUUUGUGAAUAAUUUAUCUAAAAAAAAAAGGUGACUGACUUUCGUUACAAAACUUGCUUGUAACAUUUAAACACUAAAUUAUAAUUUUAAGUCAAUAAAAUACAUUAUUUAUUGCAAUUUUUAAUAAGGUCCUUUGAUUUUUACAAUUUGACGACACUCAAAAAAUUUUACCUACGGAAAUGGGUCUCAAGGUUUUUUUAUAUCUUAAUAUUAUGUGUGCACCCCCAAUAUUUUACACCAGGCGCCGCCACUGGAAUCAAACCAGAUCGUAACUACACAUUGACUCUAUAUUUUUUUAAAAUCAGUCUUUUAAAUCGUAAAUAUUGUAGAUUAUUUGUGUUUUCAAUAAUCAAAACCACAAUCUGCACAUUACGAUUGAAAAUGAAAUGAAAAUAGCCGACCGAAUAGACCAAAGGGUAGUGUUUGAUUAUUAAACACAGGGCCCUGGUCCUCCGGAAAAUGAAUCCCUGUUAUCAUCAUCAACCUGUACGCGUCCACUGCUGGACAUAAGUCUCCCUCGGCUCUUUCCAUCUGUCUCUGUCUUGUGCGGUUUACAUCUAGGUCGUCAGUCCAUCUGGUUGGUGGGCGUUCUCUGCUCCGUAGUGCUUUUUGUCGUGCUAUGCACUCUACAAUACGUUUCAUCCAUCAGUUGUUUGAUAAUAUGGCGUCGUGUCCUGAUCAUUGCACUUUUCUACGCAAUUCUUUCACUAGGGUCCGUUGAUUUUGUUCGACGACGUAUUUCUUCGUUUGGGAUUCGAUCUCUCAAAGAGACACCCAACAUCUGGCACUCCAUAGCCCUCUGAGUCACGCGAAUCUUAUUCACUACCUUUUUGUGAGUGCUUAUUUUUCCCCUUCAUAAGUGUGUACAGGUAACACACACUUCUUGUCAAAGAUUUUCCUUUUGAGGUAUAUUAUGAUUUAGCACCAGGUUAGUCAUUAUUUGCGUCUUGUGCAUGUUAAUCUUUAGUCCGAUCUCUAAGGAAGCGUGAUAUCAUUUUUCCAACAUCCCUACAAUCAGCUAUAAGGACGAUGUCAUCUGCGAAUACCAAAUGACUGAGCUGCUCUCUGUUUAUGUUGAUAUCAUACUAGUUCAGAUCUGCCUUCUUACAAGUAUGUUAUAAAAGCGUCGUGAAUAGCUUUGGAGAGACUGUGUCUCCUUGUCGUACUCCUCGCUGUAUACAGAAUUUAUUUGUUUGUUGUUCAGAUAGUCUUAUGCUAUGUAGUUAGUGUAGCGAUGGUCUACUCGGUAUUCUGUCAAUAGUUUUACCUUUAUAUGGCAGCUUCUCAGACAUUGUCACUUAAAUAAUAAGUAUCUUCAGUUGAAGAUUCAGUUAAGAGCAAGUUUUAGCAUUAAAUGCAUAUCGAAUCUAGUAAAACUUAUCAGUCCUUUAAUCAAUUAUUUGAACUAUACUGCGGAUUACUGGUAUUAAUAUCUUGUUAAUUUCCAGAUUUAAGCCAUAUAUGUCAUUUUAAGGGGGAAAAUUCACUCAUUUCAAAUACCUGUGGUAUCAAAAAAUUUGAGCUCUGUGAAACUCACCUAUUAUGCUCUCUUUAACAGUGUAUUAUCGCAACUUAAUUCCGUUUGUUUUAGGAUAUUGGUUUUAGAGAAAUAUAUGAGUAUAAUACUAAAAUCAACAUUAAAUAAAAAUUUGCUAAUAUUAAUAUUGAAUCAGAUUGUAAGGUUUUGAUUUUUUUCCCUUUGCUCUAUUCUCUAUAUCUCAAACUUGAUACUAUGCGUUAUACAUGUUCUAUGAAUAAAACAAAAAGAAGAGAAUAAAAUGCUGAGACAGCUGAUAACAUAAAAGAACCCAGCAUAAAAUUUAGAAAUAUGGCCCCACAGAACAUGAGUGAUUGCCCUUUUUAUAUUCUCCUCUAUUACCGUCCACAGAUAAAUUAGUUAUUAAAAGUUAUUUAUUUGGAUUUGAUUGGUCCAGAUUCGUCUUAAUUAUAUUUUCAACUACAAAAUUAAGAUGAAUAUGUAAUAGAAUAGGAAUACGUUGGCUAAAUGAAGACAUAUUGGAGUUGUUACUAUAGAUAUAAUAGGUUUGUACGUUCUAUACCUUCUGUAAAACUUUCGAACAAGGAAGAAGAGUUGGUGCAAAAAAGAGACUGAUGAAGAUUAACAUAAAGUAGAGAGUUUUUAAGGCUGUAAAACUUUCAAAACUACAAAUUUGGGACCAAAAUAAAAAUUCUCUAACUAUUAAAUGAUAGUAUAAAGCGUAAGUAACGUUUUGGUGCAUUAAAAUAAAUAAUGUACAUUUUCUUAAGGUGCAAAGAUAUCGAUAUCAGUGACAAUAUCAGUACACAAAAGUAUAUUUUGUUCACGAAAAACGAAGAAUUCAUGUUACAGAUUAGAAUAUGGAAGGCAGUACACAUUACAUUGACUGUAAAUGUGAACUAGUACGAAUAUUAUGACAUAAAAUAACUUGCGUAAUACAGAUAAACGUACUUAAGGGGUUUUGAACACCUUAAAGAGUUAACAAGUCUUUUGGCUUAGUCUUCUGUGUAAGUAACUAGGAAGAAACUCUCUAAGAAGAAAACCUCAUUUUUAGAAAAGUCGUAUGUUAUAGAUAUUCUAAAUGGUUUAGAGAUUCUAAGAAACUUGUAACAUAGAGGUUAAAGCUGGUUGGUAAGUGGAUUUUGCAGAUUCACGUUUCAGCUCUAGCUGCAUUGACUUUCUUCCAUAAGUAUGUUAAAUGUCUGAGUCAGUACUACCAAUAGUAGGAGGAGUAUCUUUUAAGGGGCUAUUUCUAAAACAAAAAGUACUGUACCAAUUGUUUUGAAAUCUUGCAUGAGCAUUUAUUAUAAAAAGAAGUACAUGUGAAAUAAUUUUCAUAAAAAAAUAUUGAAAAUUAAACAAUUUAUGCGCCAUCUACUGGCACCGUGAAAAUAAAAACAUGGCUCUACUGCUGCAGUGACUGGGACUAAUAGAAAUCCUGAAAUAUAAAAUUUCAAAGUUCUUAUUGAAAUAUUAUUAUAACUAGGGGUUUUUUAAUCGGAUAAAAAUGUCAUUUCGUCAUUUUUCCAAAAUUUUGAACAUUUUUCCAUAAUCCUAGUUGAUGGUAUAGGAAAUAACUUAUAUUUCAAUAAUCACUUUGAAAUUUUAUGUUUCAGGAUCUCUUAUUAGUCCCAAUCACUCCAGCAGUGGAGCCAUGUUUUUAUUUUCACGGUGCCAGUAGGUGGCGCAUAAAUCGUUUAAUUUUCAAUAUUUUUUUAUGGAAAUUGUUUCACAUAUACAUACUUCUUUUUAUAAUAAAUGCUCAUGCAAAUUUUCAAAACAAUUGGUAUAGUACUUUUUAUUUUAGAAAUUCCCAAAAAAGUAUAUAUGAAUUUCGUACUUUUACACUAGGAUAGCGAUUUAAUAGAUCAUCUACGAUCCAAACCCUGAGGAUGAUGAUAUGCUAAAUCUGACUGGUCGCUCUUAAUAUAGAAAAUUAUUCUAAGCGUUUUUUAUUUUUGUAACUUUUUUACUAUACAGCUAGGAAGCCAUUAGAGUUUUGUAAUCAUUAACCAAAUACAUAAUUAUUAUAUAAAAGGUACAGUCGGAAAAAUGAAAGAAUACCCAUGAACGUUCACAUCAAUCACAUAUUUUCAGAUUAUUAAUAAUCUAUCUCUCUCGUUUGUUAUUUAUGAAAAAAAAAACAGCACAUACAAAAUAUGUGAUUGAUGUGAUCGUUCAUGGGUAUUCUUCCAUUUUUACGAGUAUAUAUACUACAUCUUACUGAAAAAUUGGUCAUAAAAGAUUGAAUGAUGUAGGUUAACAAAUUAUUUACAUUAAAUUAGUCUACUUGUAUUUAUAUUAUGUAUAUCAUUACUGAAUUGUCAACUUAAUGGUUGAAAACAGUUUUCCAUUUUUAAAAUAGACAAUCAAAAUAUAUAUACGAAAAUUGAUCAAUUUUAUUAUCACUAUAUUAUGAUUAAUUAAUAAGAAGAGCUUGGAAAAUGUGUAAUUAUUUACGUUCAUAUGCUGAUCAAUGUCUUAGCAGCUCUUAAUGUAAACUCAGUGUCUUAAUCUCUUGCCCAUUUCUAUACUUGCUUACAUAUUUAGGUGACCUUUUAUCAUUUUGAUUUCCAGAGUCAACCAAAUUCAAGCUUAAAAACUCUUUUUGGUCUAUUUCUGCAAUAUUUUGCUGUACUGUGCUUCGUUUUAAUCCAUGGAACUUGGCAAAUACCUUUAAGAAGUAGCUUCCAUUAAAAUAUUUCAUAAUAGCGUGAAACAAAAAGUAUGGAGCAUUGCGAUCAUUAUUGAAAUCCAAAUAUGUCUCAAGAAAAACAAAAAUUAGAAUCUUCAAAACAGUUAUCAGGCAUACAGCUACAUAUACAUGCGAAACAUGGGUGCUUAAAAAAUCAGAAGCAGACUUUUUAGAAAGAUGAGAGAGGAAAAUACAAAGAAAAUCUUUAUGUGACGUGCUUGUUUUCAAGCGUUGACUAUCGUCGUAUUAACAAGCUGAUGAAAUAAUUCUCGGUCUGCAGCUAUGUGAAACAAUUCGUCGACCGUUCGACCUGUCCAUUGUGUAAUCUUACGUAGCCAGGACAGUUGUUUUCUUCCAACCCAGGGUUUUCCUUCGAUUUUGUCCUGAAUGAUCAACCGGAGUAAGUGAUAUUUAGGUCCUCUCAUUAUAUGACCGAAGUAUUGAACCUUUCUCAUUUUUAUGAUGUUGAUCAAUUCUCGCUCUUUGUGCAUUGUCUCCAGCACACGUUCGUUUGAUAUGUGUGCUUUCCACGGGAUUCUGAGCAUGCGACGUUAACACCACAACUCGAACGCUUUUAAUUUAUUGAGAUUCUUCAUUUUUGUUGUCCAAGUUUCACAUCCAUACAACAAAACGGACCAGACGUAGCACUUCAAUACUCUUAGACGUAUGGUCAAUGACAGACUUCUACUACACAAUACAGAACGCCAGCUAAUAAAGCUUUUUCGUGUAAGUUCUAUUCUGUUUGAAAUUUCCUCAUCACUUUCAACCCUGCAGUCAAUCCAGCAACCCAGAUAUCUAAAGCGUUUCACUCUUUCCAGGAAAAUACAAUGGAGGUGUAAAAAUGGAUUGUUAAUGGAGAAAAAGGAAUAAUAAAAAACUUGAAGAACUAUAUAACGAACCAUAAAUAACGACAUUAAUGAAAGCACAGAGAAUAUGAUAUUUAGGAGAUAUUGAAAGAAUGCCAAGGAUGGUACUAUUACGAAAGCGAAUAAACAAAGGAGAAAAGGUUGAUCAAGAAAGAGAUGAAAUAAUAGCAUAUACGAAGACUUACAACGUAAUAUUGAGAAUAGGAAAGAAUCUGCAUUAGACAGAAAUCAAUGGAAGGAAGUGGUUAAGAAAUGUAUGGAAAGGCUAUAAGAAAUAUUAAAUGUAUUUUAUAUAAAUAAAUGUAAAUAAUAAUGGAAAUUUAAACUUUCCAUCCCUAGGCCUGUUCCUGUACAAGGCCUGUUGAGCUUUAUAAAUAGAUAAAUAUAAACACACACGAAAAAGAAGCCGAAACAAAGGGUAGCUAAAGUUUGAAAUGGAUUUUGCAAACCAUUUUUUCCCAACUAAAAUUAACUAAUUAUUAGUGAAUUCCACUCUGUCUUGAAAAUAAAAUACCGAAGGAUUUGAAAAGACCAAAAUUAUUGUAUUUAUGGUUCAGUUGAAGGCUAUAAAAUAUUACAAUUUAUUCCUUUUCUCUAUUUUGUAGCCACGUAGGUUUGAAAUGCAGGUUCCAAUUCUAUGAAAGGCAUCUUUUCAGUUAAUAGGCCCAGGUUCUAAUGUGAAUUGGUAAAAUUUUAAGAAAUGUACAAUUUAUUUUGCAUAUGAAUUUGGCAUAGUUUUCAAGCUCCAUUGAUAAGUGACUACACUUUGACUGCCAUUUUAUAUAGAUUUUCUAUGGUGAUAAAAUAUGUGGUAAUAUUGUGAAUUGAAUACUGUUUUUUUAGGAAUACUUUAAAAGUUCUAAGUAGUUGCUGCAGAAUUCCAAACAUAAUAUUUUAUUCGUCCCAUGCAUUGCAUAAAAAUGGUGUAGUUAAACGUGAAAAUUAGUUAAUGUUGCAUAAUUUUAUGCAAAAGAUCUGUAUUUUAAGGAGUAAUGAAGAUUGACCUAAAUGCUCUGUUUCAGGAAUAGUAUUAUAGUAUUAAGGUGAUGAAAGUUGUAGUUGCUUUUAUCAUAUAUGACUGAUAUUUCUGAAAUAGAUUUUAUAUAGAUUUUGAUAAAAAAUUCCAAACCGGACAUUUGACGACUCUAAAAAAAUUAAUUAAAACACUUGAUGAAAUCUCUCAUUACAUAGUACAUCCAAAAGCAGUGCUAGUAGAGUCGAACAAUGUCGAGUGGAAUUUUUAUGCUAUUAAUAAAUGUGCUGAUUUUAGUAAGUAAGUUAUAAGUGUAUGAUAUAUUUAACUAAACCAAGUAGAAAUAAUGUCCAAUAUAGGAUUGUAGAGCAAGUAUGUUUGUCUAUUAACACAUACAUUUCUUGUAUAUUUAUUUAUUAAAAAUUAGAUAAGUAGUAGUGAUCAAAAUUAAUCAGUUUCAUUCAUUUUUUAUUUCAUUUUUCCAAAUGCUUAUUCAAAAUGUUAUAAAUGUUGAUAUUAACCCCUAAUGACAGAAUUGCGUGAGUAAGGGCUAAUAAUGUUGUACGCAUUAAAAAUUUUAGUCAAUACUUUUCUUUUAGGUUUCUUCAUUUAUUCGUCGAAAAUUUAUAUUUUCAUUUAUCCAGUUAUAACGUAUUGAUACUGUCAAUGGUCUUAUAGAUAUGUUCACUGAGACCCAGCUGUUUGGUGCUCUCUAGGAGGAGUUCAGUAGUUGAGAGGUUACUAGGUGUCGUCUGGGUUCUUUUCAGUUCUCAUUAUCUUCAUAUUUCUGUCUUUAUCUUGUCAGUUUUCUCGUAUUUAACACCCAGAUUGUUGUUAGGUAUCGCCAUGUCAAUAAGCAUUUUUUGUCUAAUUUGUCUAUCUACUGUUAUGAAAUAUGGUCUAUUAUAUGUCACUGGUUGCUUUAUUAGUACAGUAUGCUCCCAAUGUAGCUUGUAGAUGUUAUUUUCAAGUAUACUAUCAGGGACAUAUUUAAUAUGGAAUAAUUCCUAUUCGAUAGAGUAAUUUAACUACUAAUUCAUGCAAUUCCUUACUUAAGUUGAAACGAAUGCUGGGCACCCCUAUAUAAGAGAUUUGAUGGGAGCUUGGGCUUGACAUCCAAUACUGGGCAGCCCCUUGUAAGAUGUUGGAUGGUAUCUUGGGCUUGACAUGCAAUGCUGGGCAACCCCUUGUAAGAUGGAUGGUUUCUUGGGCUUGACAUCCAAUGCGGGGCAGUCCCUUGUAAGAUGUUGGAUGGUAUCUUGGGCUUGACAUCCAGUCCUGGGCAGCCCCUUGUAAGAUGUUGGAUGGUGUAUUGGGCUUGACAUCCAGUCCUGGGCAGCCCCUUGUAAGAUGUUGGAUGGUAUCUUGGGCUUGACAUCCACGUCAAGUUUUGUAAUUUUACACCUCCAUAAUCUUUAACGAUAUAUUUCAUUUUGAAAUUACAUGAUCUUAGUAACUAGGAAUCACUCAGUCCUGGCUGAAUUAGUUGGUUUAAAAAAAACAUAAUAGGCGGAAUUCAGUAGCUUAGAUAAUGGGUUCACUGCUAAACAAAACCACACCUUGGCAUAGUCCCCGGAAUAUUCUGUUUCGAUAUCCUGUUAUUUGAAGAUGAAUUUUAAUCUUCCAGUUUGUCAUUACUUGACAGAUCUGAUAUUUAAAAAGAAUCUUUAUCGACUUUAAAUAGUAUUAAUGCACAAAAGGCUAUUUUGUAAUCAACAUCGGCUGUAAAAGCUUUCCUUGUCUUGGUGUAUGCAUGGUCAGAGAUGACUGAAGCGAAUUAUUUUCGGUGAAGCUUCUAUGAUGUUGUUUCGUGCGCAGUGCUGAUAGAUUAGAUGCACUGAAUCUCAGGAUGUGAAGAAUUAGUACAAAAUUGGUAGAGUAACUGGUCGGAUCUGAUUGAUCCUUCGGUUUAAGUAACUUAUUCUCUGGCUAAAAAAUUGUGGUGGAUUAGAAAUUAUACGAUUAAUCAAUAUUGUUACGCACGGCAAAUUUUCUUUAGCCAGAAAUUGUAAGUCCGUCUGGCCGUGGAGAUUUUUAGUUAUGAAGCUCUUUUUUAAUAUCCGAGAUUUCAGAUGUAUCUCGUUUUUUAUCCUCUUAGCAUCAGUGGUAAAAAUUGCUGUCAAUUAUUAUUUAUAUUUUUUAUAGUACAUAUUAUCAUUAUUUUCAAAUGGCUAUACAAAUUUAAUUGCCACUUUUCAUUCUCCUCACUUACAUGUGUUUUCACAUUUUGUAGUUUUAUCUAGGUGAGCAAGUUCAACUAAGAUCAAGAAUAGAGAAAUAUGAUUUUGAAUGUCUUUCUCUCUGAUAACCUGUUGAAAAUAAUUACAAGAUAGUAGAUAUAUUCAACACAUCUGUACAUGUCAUAUGUUUCUUUUAGUAGCUUAGGUCUUAUAUCUGUAAAGAUGACUAAACAGAUAAUAGUUUAAACGAAUUACAUAUUAUCUGACACUAUUACUUCUUUUGUAUAUUUGUGAUUAAACAUUUUUUGUUUAUAUUGUUUAUCUCUAAUUGAUAUAUGUUGGGAGGGAGAAGAUUGCCGAGAAUUAAAUAUUAGAAAACGGUAAAAUCGAGAAAAGCUGGGAAAAAUCAAAAAUAUCAAUUACUGCAGGAGAGCAGAAGUAAAGAUAAAAUGUGACGAAAACAAUAAAGCCUUCACUUUUGGGAAGGACUGGCAGAACUUCUCAAAAGAGAUGACAUACAACUUCUAAGGAACACAAAAGAAAACAUGGAGAAUGAUCAGAGGACGAAAUAAAGAGAUUAACGAACUAAUAAAAACAAAGCACAUUCCGAAAAAAAAACAUAGCAGACUACUUUCGAUACCUAGGCAUUAAGAAAAUUAAAAAAUACAAAUUCGCCAGCAGUAUACCGAAUGAACUCCUAAAGUGUUAAGGACCAGACCUGAUCGAACAACUAUUAAAACUAACCCCAAAAAUAAGGUUUUAGAUCGGGAAGAUCAUGCACCGUCGCUAUGUUUAUAAUGAGGCAAGUGCAAAAGAAAUCAUUAAAGAGACAGAAAAUUCUCUAUAGGUCGGAGUGAGUAUUAUCUAUAGUGAAUUUUCUCUGUCUCUAGAUAGAUGUCGCUAACGCGUCCGUACGCAUUUAAUAUACAUUUAUACUAGAAAAAAGUUCGCUUCGGGAUACACCACAGGCGGCUCUGAAGACGCUGAAAAGCAGAAACCAUGGUCAGCCGAUGAGGCUGCUCCCCCCCCCCCCGAAUCGAAUUUAAUCUAAAGCUGUCUUUCCUUAUUCCUUAGAAAUCAUUAAAAUUCAACAAACCAGCAUAUUUAUGUUUCACGGACAUUAACAAGGCAUUUGACAGGGUCAAAUUACAGGACGUUAUCCACUUAUUGUACUCAAGAGUGUACAAAACAGCAAAAGUAGAGGAAGAAUACCUAAUUGACCCAAUUGAAGCUGGCAAUAGAAUAAGCAGGAGGAUUAUCUGAGUGCUCUAUUGUUCAACUUGAUCAUGAAUGAAAUAAUGAAAAAGUAAGAACUAAAAAAGAUACCAAAUGAGAGAAAAACAACUUAAAUUAAUCUCCUAUAUAAACAAUGCAAUAUUAAUCUCUCAAAGUGAAGAUGACUUACAACAUAAUAUGCUGCACCAAUUUUAACAUAACCGCCAGAAAAUUUAACAUGUUAAUUUCCCCAAAAAAGACAAAAUGCAUGGUUAUAACAGCAAAUCGACUAAGAUGUAAAUUAGAGUUGGAGGGUCAGAUAAUAGAACAAGUGAUAGAGUUUAAAUAUCUAGGCGUCACACUAUCUAGCUACGGAAAGCUCGAAAUAGAAGUGGAAGAUCAAAUGAAUAGAGCAAAGCCGCAGGUUGCCAAAAGAUAGAAUUUACACAAAACAGUUAUCAGACCAAUAAUUUCAUACGCGCCAGAAACACGACCUGACACAGACAGACCAAAAAGAAUGCUAGAAACAACAGAGAUGAAAUCCCUUAGAAAAAUCGAUGGUAAGACAUUAUGGUACAGAGCUAGAAGUUCAGAUAUACGACGGAAGUGCAAGGUGGAGAUGGAGAACAUCAAGAACAGGAAAAGAAACAGAAAAGUAUAAUGGAACGAUCCAAAUGGAGGUGGAUAGAAAAGUUACCAAAACAUGAGCUUCGUUAUAUUAUGUUACAUUUAACAUAAAUAUUAGAAAACAAAAACUGCGAAACCGUUUUCUUUUUAGUCUUUCUGUACAUCUAGUUUAGAAAUAUUAUUUUGACAUGUUUAUUCCAUGUUUCUGAGUUCAUGUGAUCUCUAGCUAGUUUUAGAACAAUUAUCUUAUUGUUCUUCCAUUUUAGGAAACUUGACCUACUCUCUCACCAUUAGUCCCUAAAUUGCUUAAUAGGUAAACAAAUAUCUAAAAUGCUGAUUGUGAGUUCUUCAAACUAUUAUUUUGACCACCAGUUUUUAACUGUGGCGUUUCUAGAUGACUCAGUAAUAAAAAAACUAUAUAAGUGUUAAUUCUUCAUGGCGCAUGAGAUGCUGUAGAAGAUGUCUAUUUAUCCGUACGAAUAUUAAUCCAAUAUCUUCCAAAUAUGCUUAUUUAUGUUGACAAAUAUAAACUUUUUUGUUUAUACUAUGAGUAUUUAAAAUAGGGACACAUAUGGGUCGUCGAAAAAGGAAAGGAUCUAAACCUGAAAAAGGCCUAGGUGUAGAAGACUUCGAUUGGAACAGAAGAUGAUUUAAUUAGCAAUGUGCUAAGGAAACUAUUGUAGAGCAAUAUGUUAUAGGCUUGGACUUAAAAAAUAGUAAAAAUAGAAGUGGAAGAUGAAGGGAACACCAAAAUUUUAUAUUUGAUUAUUAUAAAUGCUAUAAUAAAAAAAAAUUGUUUAUGCUCAAAGCAGCUUUUUUUCUUGUCUCAAAGCACUCUCCUGUGGAUCUAGCUAAAACGUUAACAAGAAAUAUAUGACCUUAGUUAUAAUUUUCACAAAACCGACAAAUGGUAGUUUGUAACCAAAAUAGUGUUUUUUUUCAAAAGUGAGCAUUGCAUAUUUUUUCCAUACAAGCAAAUUGCUUUAGCUAUUUUCUACGGACUGUGCACAUUUCAACGAAAUCAGUUGAUUAUUUAGAACAAUGUAGUGAAAAUAUGUUUCACUGAGUAUCGAGAAUUUAGAAAAACUCAAAUUACUGAAAAGAGUUUAUAUUUGUUUAGUAAAUAAAAAAAAACAAAAAACGCACAAUUAUUUAUGUAUUAAUAUCUUGUUCAGUACGCUUCCCCAUUGAUUGGCUCUAUUCAUAAUAAAAGUUGGAUCCGUCCAUCCAAUGUUAAUAGAAUUGAAUAAGCAUUUAACAGAAUAAGCAACAUAAGAAAUUGAUUAUAUUUUCUAUAAAUCAUUUUUAGUGGGUAUUUUAAUGUCAAAUUUGUAUAUAUUCGUAUAAGUGAUUUUUUUCAAUUUGGUAACGAAAAUAUCAGAAAUUAUUUAAAAUAUAAAAAUCCUGUUAUCUUAACUUCAAAGUGUGUUACAAACAAUGUUCUACAUCAUAUAUCACUUUGUGUAUGUUAUACUAUUUGUGUUGAGAUUAAAGAAAUGUAUAACUA